UUCUCCCGGAAAAACCAUUGCCCCGCAUCUUGGCAUAUUUCUCUGGGUAUUGGGGAUCUUCCCGGAUCUUCAAACAUCGGUUUUGGGAACUAAAGAUUGUUAUCUCCACUUUGUUUUCAGAAUUAGUCUCUUCGGGCGCUGGAUACCACAAUUCAUUAUCGUUGUUCCACAUUGCAUGCUGGUGUUUUGGCUCUCUGGCUUGUUCAUUAAUGUUGUUAGUGAUUUCUUUUGACGUUUUCUUCUUGUUCUGCUCGAACGUUUUUAACUAAAUGGCCGAAUUCAGGAUCCCUUGCCUCUCUUUACUUGGAAAAUUGUUGUAAUAUUGACAAAUUAUGGAGAGCAGUGUCCAACUAGGCAUGGUCGAAGUUGUAUCACGUAAUAAUUAUUCUUGGAUACAUCACCGUUCACACGUAGCCAUAGCAGCUGAUGAAGCAAUGCUGUGGAUCAUCAGAUGUGCAUCUUAUGGAAUUUUUAAUAUUUUUAAUUCAUUGCUGUUAUUGCUUUUCUUGAAGCAUAAGUCGUGUUGAUCUGAUAUAUGUUGAAUUUACUGUAAGUUUGGAGUUCGAUAUAAGGAGUGAACUGUUUUUUGCCCCACCUACUGCAGAUGGUAUACGAUGGUGCAUGCUGAUGGUUCAGUGUCCCAAACAUGGGAUUAUCUCAUUGGAAAUGGGUUGAAGGGACUCAUUGAUAUAUGGCCAAAACCUACUGCUACUGCCUGGAAACUGAUUGGUUGUUAUGGUGCAUUUGAGGCUGCUCUUCAGCUUCUUUUACCUGGUAAAACAGUUGAAGGACCGAUCUCUCCUAAAGGGAACCGACCUGUUUACAAGGCAAAUGGCGUGCUCGCAUAUGCAGUCACGAUUGCUACAUAUAUUGGCAUAUGGUGGUUUGGGAUAUUCAACCCCUCGAUUGUUUAUGAUCAUUUGGGAGAAAUUUUCUCAGCACUCAUUUUCGGAAGCUUUCUCUUCUGUGUUUUCCUGUAUAUUAAAGGUCAUGUGGCACCAUCAUCUACAGAUUCUGGCUCCCUUGGGAACAUAAUUAUUGAUUUCUACUGGGGUAUGGAGCUAUAUCCUCGAAUUGGUAAGAACUUCGACAUCAAAGUUUUCACAAACUGCAGAUUCGGGAUGAUGUCUUGGGCAGUUCUUGCAUUGACCUACUGCUUUAAGCAGUAUGAGCUGUAUGGGAAAGUAGCUGAUUCCUUGCUGGUAAAUACGAUACUGAUGCUCGUGUAUAUCACAAAGUUUUUCUGGUGGGAGGCUGGUUACUGGAACACAAUGGACAUCGCCCAUGAUAGAGCUGGUUUUUAUAUCUGCUGGGGAUGCUUAGUGUGGGUCCCCUCUAUAUAUACUUCUCCUGGCAUGUACCUAGUCAACCAUCCUGUGGACCUUGGAUCUCAGCUUGCACUUUUUAUAUUGGCUGCUGGAGUUCUUUGCGUAUAUGUCAACUAUGAUUGUGAUAGGCAAAGGCAGGAAUUCCGUAGGACAAAUGGGAAGUGUUUAAUCUGGGGAAAGCCUCCAUCGAAGAUUGUGGCUUCCUAUACUACCACAACUGGGGAGACUAAGUCAAGCCUUCUCUUAACAUCAGGAUGGUGGGGCUUAGCCCGCCAUUUUCAUUAUGUUCCUGAAAUAUUGGCUUCCUUCUUCUGGUCUCUCCCUGCACUUUUCAAUCAUUUUAUCCCCUACUUCUAUGUGAUAUUUCUCACCAUCCUUCUUGUGGACCGUGCUACACGAGAUGAUGAUCGCUGCCGUUCAAAGUAUGGGAAAUACUGGAAGAUGUACUGAGAUGGGUCCAUAGACUCUUUCUGUUUUUCUCUACUGGGUAGAAUUAGCUUGACUAACUGAUCAGGUAUAAUGGGAUAAAUGUCAUGUAACUGUCCGGGUACAUGAUUUAGCCUGUGGAUUCAAUUUUCAACCAGAACCAUUGAAAUGUGAUGGGUGAUUCUUGACUGUUGUCAUUAUGGAACGAUUAAGGAAUCCUUACACUUCGAGGAUAAAUGUCAUGGGUGAUUCUUGUGAUGGGUGAUUCCUUUCAAUUUAAGGAAUCCUUACACUCGAGGAUAUGCAGGUAAAAAAGAAGAGAGCACAAAGGUGAGGCCAAACAAUGGCUCUCAUUCUAACCAAUGGUGCUACUCCACUUUGGUCACCAUCAUGCUGUUGUUCAUCUUCAACAACAUCUAAGGCAAUUACUAAGUUGUUCCCCAAGCUGCACUUGAAGCCCGUUAAUCUGCUGUCGAAACCUCUUGAUGGACUUAGCUCUGCCACUGGCCUCACUUCAGUGCGGAAUAUUGGGUUGAUACCAAGGGCAGUAUCUGACAUCGAUGAUCCUAGUCCAGCCAGUGUGGAGCCAUCAAGUGGCAGUGAGGACGAAGAGAGUUUGUCAAUCGAUAAACUCCCUUUGGAGUCUAAGCUGCAGCUGAAGCUCGAGCAGAAGAUGAAAAUGAAACUGGCCAAGAAGGUCCGUCUGAGGAGAAAGAGGCUCGUGAGGAAGCGGAGCCUGAGGAAGAAAGGACGAUGGCCGCCAUCCAAAAUGAACAAGUUGAAGAAUGUCUGAGACCUAUUACCAUGUCCCCUUGUUUAGCAGGUGAUGCGAGGAUAUUCUGAGUACAGAUUUUGAAUACUAUUGUUGCCCACCAUGAUUCCUUCCUUAUUGCUGUCAACUGUGUAGCUGUUUCCUAGUGAAAUACUCUCCCUUAAACCAGCUUCACUCUGCUGCGCACUGCACAUUCCUUUUGUUUAGUCAUCGACCUCAACUAUAUGUUGAAUCAUUCUGUAAAGACUUCCUCUAUUUGAUCGAAGAAGCCCACAAGUUAGAAGCCUAACGAAAAGGUAUGGUGGGUGAGAACUGAGAAGGAAGGACUGAUGGGUUGGACCGUGGAGUGGAUGGUUUUGGCCUUUGGGCAGGCCGAGGGGCAUUUGUCCUUUUUGAUUUGUUUCCUCCAUCGCUUUGCUUUCUCUCUCGGUUUCCUGGUUUGUCCGGAACAGAAGCCUAGAGAGAAGGAGCGUCUGACAAUAUUCUCUGUACCAUCUGUACCCUCUCUCUCUCACUCUGCAUCACUGUUGCCCUCGUGUCCCGAGUCUCCACUCUCUCUCUCGCUCCUUCCUUCUACAGUAUUGCUUUGCUUCCCCC